CAGCAUUUGUCACGCGGCGACGUCCAGCCGGCCACCCUCGCCUCUAUGCAAGCAUCCGCGAAGAAGGGGUCGUACGUCCGCGACAACAUCUCCGAGACCUCUUCUCCCUCGAACGCGCUCUACUACAACCCGUCGUCGACGCCCAAGUCCAUGGCGUACCAGCACUCUGAGAGCGACAUGCCGAGCACGCUCGCCGGCCGGGCAAGGACACGGACCGCCUCGGCUGGUUCCAUGCCAAGAUCCGCAUCGAGAACUCGAUCCACUGGGCCAACAACUUUGCGAUUCAGGCGCUCAUGCUGCUCUUCUUCCUUUGCGCGCUCGCGGCGACGAUUACGAUCCCGGCGCUCGGGUACCGUGUCUCGGUCGGGCUCCUCGGCGGUAGUACGGUCACGAUCGUGUCGUCGUCGGCCGUCAUCUACACGUACUGGCACCUUCCGUCGUGGAAGAAGCACCCGAACCCGCUCAUCUUUUACCGGAGUCUCUGCGACGUGGGCUUUGUGCUCAUUCUGCUCUUCACCGAGCUCUACAAGUGCGGCAAUGGCGGCUGCAACUUUAGCCUCCAAAAGAAUGGCUGCAACGUGGCUGCUGGCUUUACGCAGUUCUUCCUCCUCGGCUCCGAGUGCUGGUUCUGCGUCAUGACCUACGACAUGUACACUUCCGUGCGCAGUCCGUUCACGGACUUUAAGCGCAACGUGCGCCUCUACCACAUUUUUGUCUGGGGCUUUGCCCUGCUCACAUCCAUUCUCCUCGUGUCGCUCGACAAGGCCGGGCCGUCCGAGUUCAACUACUGCUGGGCCAAGCCCGUGCACAAGGACACGGGCAGCUCUAGCAGCGGCCAGACCAACCUCCUCUGGUCCAUCAACACCACGUCGUGGGGUUUUUUCUACAUCUGGAUCAUCCUUUUCUGGGUCGUGGCACUCUGUGUCAUUGUGUUUGCGUGGAAGCGGCUCAAGGCUGGCCUCGCGGAAACCCUUCGCCUCCGUCUUCGAGUCUUGCAUUCGGUCACCGUCUACGUGAUUGCAAUCAUCAUCUACUGGGCGAUUACAUUCGGCGUCUACGUGCCGUACCUCGUGCUGGGCCUCGUCAACAACCCGAAUUCGUACACGGCGCUGACCCAAGGGUACUUUGACUUUAUCGUGUGGUUCCAGAUCAACGAGCUCUCGUUUGGCGACGGCCUUCUCGUCGGGAACGCGCCCAACUCGAAGAAGGGCCUUCCCGUCGACGUCGACUUGAGCCCGCAAGUGAAUCUCGCGUUGCGCUGCGAAGUGCUCUACUACACGACGACCGGCAUCAUCCAAGCGGCCAAAGAGAUUGUGACGCUGCCGGACAAUGCGACCGUCAACCAACUCCGGCUGCUGCCCCAAGGCCAGACGACGCUUGACGCGCCGUCGUCGACGACGAUCUUUACCGACUUUUGCCCGCACGUGUUUCACGCGAUCCGGCACCACUUUGGCGUCUCAACCGAAGCGUACGUGCAGAGUCUGAGCAAGACGACCAAGGAGCGGCUCAGCGAAGGCGCGAGCGGCGCGUUUAUGUUCUUCUCGCAAGACCAGCAGCUCAUUGUCAAGAGUAUGAGCCCCGGCGAAGCGUCGUUUCUGCAGUCGAUCGCGCCCGAGUACGGCAGCUACCUCCUCUCGCACCCCGACUCGCUCCUCACGCGCUUCUACGGCUGCCACUCGGUGCAGCUGUACGGCAGCACGUUUUACUUUGUCGUGAUGGCCAACUUGUUUUCGGACAACUCCAAGACCAUCCAUCGGCGCUACGACAUCAAGGGCAGUUGGGUCAAUCGGUCGGCCAAGCAGCCGACAAAGGGCAAGAGCGUCACGUGCCGGCACUGCAACGGCAAGUUUAUCUUUGGCGUCGCGGACGCCGAGUCGAACGCGUGCCCCCUCCGCGUUGGCGGCAACCACGAGCCGAACGUGAUCCUCAAGGACAACGACUUGACGCAGAAGGUCCGACUCAACGAGGCGGAAGCCGAAGAGCUCUACGCGCACAUUUGCAAGGACGCGUCCUUCCUCGCUAGCCACGGCAUCAUGGACUACUCGUUGCUCAUGGGGGUCCACAACGUCGAGUACCGCGUCACGGACGACAUGGAGCUCGAGCUCGAGGAGACGGAGAACUCCAAGAGCCUUUUGCUCAACAACAACAUCAAGAUGAAGGCGCGGGACGGCAGUGUCGCCAAGAUGCGCGACCCGAUGGCCGCCGAAGACGAGGACGCGCUGCUGUCCGAGGGCCUUCCCCACCUCUUUAACGGCACGCGCCGCGCCAACACGGUCGUCGGACCGGCGUGCUAUUACUUUGGCAUUAUCGACAUUUUGCAGCUCUGGAACUUUGACAAGAAGCUCGAGCGCGGGUUCAAACUCCACGUCCUCCGAAAGGACCCGGAUGGUCUCUCGGCCGUGCCGCCGACCGCGUACAAGGACCGGUUCUGCCUCAAGAUGGCCGAAAUUCUCAGCAUUGGUGUCCACGACGAAGACAGCGUUCCCGUUGACGUCAACGGCGCCAGCAGUCUCGAAUCGCCUACAGACGGGCUGCACAAGCGCUACCACCUCUAAGCUCUCAGAGCACCAUUCCACAUUUCAAAACAAAACCAAAAACCUAUACUCCAAUGUACUUUCUACUCCCAUCCGAUCGGGUGUACGUAUUCCUUUUGUAUAUCAAUGUAUCA